AUGGAAGGACUUUGGACUGACAAUUUCGAGAAUGACAGUAACAACUUCAAUUACUCUGGCGAUGUCUCUAAUAACGAGCCAACUCUCGCCGAAACAGCAGCAUCAAACAGUGAUCUGGAGCAGUUGUGGGCACAAGCAUCUAUGUCCUUAAUGGCGGCGGAUUCUGAACGAGUUCCCCAGGCUGGGAAUCACCAGUUCUUAGCCGAACCCUCCGAAGAGACUCCAUUACCUCAACUUUCGCAAGAAACCGAUUUUCGGUCAACGAUUCACGGCAUAGGCGACAUCCCUCCAGGAGAUGGACAGGUCAAUGCCGAAGGGUUAUUCACCAUUGACAAAGAACCAGAAUUGCUCGAUCAUACUGUCCAGAGCGGCAAUGAGAGGAGUCCCAAAGACAAGCACACCCCUAUAUACUCAUGCUUGUAUUUAUCCUGUUGCAACAAGAGUUUCGGUGACAAAGGCGGUCUCGACCGACAUAUGCGCGAGGUUCACAGCUCCCUGACAUUCAUUUGUCCAGUUGUGUCUUGCCCGCGCAAUAAAAGGGGAUUCAACAAGAAGUACAAUCUGCUGGAUCACCAGAAACGACGACACAAAAGGGAGAUCUCAAGGUCUCUGCACGGCUCCGGUGUCUCGGAGGAACAACCCGAGCACCUGGAUGGAGGUCAGACAUUUCGAUAUGGAGACAAUACCUCUGAGUCAAAUCCAGAUGAUGCAGCCCAUGCACUCAUACCUAGUGAGAAUGAAGGCGUAUGCUUGCGGUCGAAAUUAAAAUCCCUCAGAGCGACAAGGGCGGAGAUUGACAAGGACAUCAAGUUAUUAGAGAGAGCAUUGAACAUCAUUAGCGACAUGCAUGAGUGA